AAUUCAUUCUUGCCAGCGAUAAUCUUGUCUCCAAAUGCCCUACCUGGUAUUGGGAAUCUGGGGAGCCGAGCAAACGCAAGUCCUACUUACCCCCUGAUAAGUAGUAUUUAAUCACUAGAAAUGUGCCUUGUUUACAAAGUGCAGCAUCUGUGGAAGAAGAAUAUGAAGCUGCAGGAGGGGAAGUUCUUCUUGAUAAUGAAGAUAAUGAUGGUUGACUAGCAACUCAUGGGAAACCAAAGGAAACCAAGUGUGAUGAGGAGGAAAAUUUACCUUCCAUGGAGACCUUAGAGAUCAGCAAGAACAAAACUAUUCACUCAAUCCCCUCAUAUUUUGGUGGUAAAGAGGAAGAAGAUAUUCCAGAUAUGGAAGAGUAUGAAGAUCCUGAUAACCUUAUUGAGACAGAUGCUGCAACACUUCAAUCUACAUAUCUUGUGGCUCAUGAACCUGAUGAUGACAAUAUUCUCCAGACUCGAACAUAUAAUGUUAGCGUCACAUAUGGUAAGUAUUAUCAAACUCCACGUGUUUGGCUUACUGGAUAUGAUGAGUCAAGGAUUCUCUUAGAACCAGAGCUUGUACUUAAAGAUGUUAGUCAAGACCAAGCCCACAAAACAGUGACCGUUGAGGACCAUCCUCAUUUUCCAGGGAAGCAUGCAUCUGUACAUCCAUGUAGGCAUGGUGCUGUGAUGAAAAAGAUCAUUGAUGUUCUAAUGUCACGAGGAGAUGAACCAUAAGUUGACAAGUACUUGUUCUUGUUCUUGAAAUUUGUAGCCUCUGUAAUUCCUACUAUUGAACAUGAUUAUACAAUGGACUUUGACAUGGGUAGCUCCAGCAAUUGAUUUGAGAUGGAAGAUUUGAUGGUAGAGCUGUAGAGGAAGUGCUUAUGCAGCUGCAUCUUGUGUGAC